UCCCCGCCUGGACGCCAGGAGCGACAGUGAAGGCUCCUACAGCGCUCGGAACUUGACGCGAUGGGGCUUCCGGAGGAGCGGGGCCGAAGCGGCAGCAGGAGCGCGGAGCGGGAGGAGGCUGUAGCCCGGAACCGGGUGCGGAGUUGGUCUCCGCCACCCGAGGUCAGCCGUUCCGCGCACGUCCGGUCGCUGCAGCGCUACCGCGAGCUGCACCGGCGCUCCCUGGAGCAGCCGCGAGAGUUUUGGGGAGACAUUGCCAAGGAAUUUUACUGGAAGACCUCAUGUCCUGGCCCAUUCCUCCAGUACAAUUUUGAUGUGAAUAAAGGGAAAAUCUUCAUCGAGUGGAUGAAAGGAGCAACUACUAACAUCUGCUACAACGUACUGGAUCGAAUUGUCCACGAGAAAAAACUUGGAGAUAAAGUUGCUUUUUACUGGGAGGGCAAUGAACCAGAGGAGACCACCCAGAUCACAUAUCGUGAGCUUCUGGUCCAAGUGUGUCGAUUCAGCAAUGUUCUCCAAAAACAGGGCAUUCGGAAGGGUGACCGAGUGGCCAUUUACAUGCCCAUGAUACCGGAGCUUGUGGUGGCCAUGCUGGCAUGUGCCCGCCUUGGGGCUCUGCACUCCAUUGUGUUUGCAGGCUUCUCUGCAGAGUCUCUUUGUGAACGGAUCCUGGAUUCCAGUUGCAGCCUUCUUAUCACUACAGAUGCCUUCUACAGGGGGGAAAAGCUUGUGAACCUGAAGGAGCUGGCUGACGAGGCCCUGGAGAAGUGUCGGGAGAAGGCUUUCCAAGUGAGGUGCUGCAUUGUGGUCAAGCACCUGGGGCGGGCAGAGCUGGGCACAGGUGACUCUCCCAGCCAAUCCCCCCCCAUUAAGAGGCCAUGCCCGGAUGUACAGGGUAAGCUGAAAGAGAAACCCAAGCGCAUCUGGCCCCAGAUCUCCUGGAACCAAGGGGUUGACUUGUGGUGGCAUGAACUCAUGCAAGAGGCAGAGGAUGAGUGUGAGCCUGAGUGGUGUGAUGCUGAGGACCCACUCUUCAUCCUGUACACCAGUGGCUCUACAGGCAAACCCAAGGGUGUGGUACAUACUGUUGGGGGCUACAUGCUCUAUGUGGCCACGACCUUCAAGUACGUGUUUGACUUCCACACGGAGGAUGUGUUCUGGUGCACAGCAGACAUUGGCUGGAUCACUGGCCAUUCCUACGUCACCUACGGGCCACUGGCCAAUGGUGCCACUGGUGUUUUGUUUGAGGGGAUUCCCACAUACCCGGACGUGAGCCGCCUGUGGAACAUCGUGGACAAGUACAAGGUGACCAAGUUCUACACAGCACCGACGGCUAUCCGCCUGCUCAUGAAGUUUGGAGAUGAGCCUGUCACCCGGCAUAGCCGGGCAUCCUUACAGGUGUUAGGCACAGUGGGUGAACCCAUUAACCCUGAGGCCUGGCUGUGGUACCACCAGGUGGUAGGUGCCCAGCGCUGUUCCAUCGUGGACACCUUCUGGCAGACAGAGACAGGUGGCCAUAUGCUGACCCCCCUCCCUGGUGCCACACCAAUGAAGCCUGGUUCUGCUACCUUCCCGUUCUUUGGUGUAGCUCCUGCAAUUUUGAAUGAGUCUGGGGAAGAGUUGGAAGGUGAAGCUGAAGGUUACCUGGUGUUUAAGCAGCCCUGGCCAGGAAUCAUGCGCACAGUCUAUGGGAACCAUGAACGCUUUGAGGCCACCUACUUUAAGAAGUUCCCCGGUUACUACGUAACAGGAGAUGGCUGCCGGCGGGACCAGGAUGGCUAUUACUGGAUCACUGGCAGGAUUGAUGACAUGCUAAAUGUAUCUGGACAUCUGCUGAGCACAGCAGAGGUGGAAUCAGCACUUGUGGAACAUGAGGCUAUUGCAGAGGCAGCUGUGGUCGGCCACCCUCAUCCUGUGAAGGGCGAAUGCCUCUACUGCUUUGUCACCCUGUGCGAUGGCUACACCUUCAGCCCCACCCUCACCGAGGAGCUCAAGAAGCAGAUUAGAGAAAAGAUUGGCCCCAUUGCCACUCCGGAUUAUAUCCAGAAUGCACCUGGCUUGCCUAAAACCCGCUCAGGGAAAAUCAUGAGGCGGGUGCUUCGGAAGAUUGCUCAGAAUGACCACGACCUGGGGGACACGUCUACUGUGGCUGACCCAACUGUCAUCUGCCAGCUCUUCAACCACCGCUGCCUGACCAUCCAGUAAACAAGACCUUGCCCUUUACCCAGGCUUCCCCCUGCUUGGCUUCCCAAAGUUUUGCCCACCCUCCCUGUUCCCAUCCAGGAGUGCUGAGGGCCAGGGCUGACCCACACCACCUCCCUUGACCAGCUGUCUGGGACCAAGGACCAGCUUUGCCCUUGGGUGGAGGCAACUUCCUGUGGCUGCCAGAUAGAUGGGACAUGGCCCAGGUUAGCCUCAGAUUGCUGUGCCCCUAGACCUCAAGAGCCCUUGGAGCCCAGAACAGGGACCUGAAGGUCAUGUCCCUUACCCAAGUUAAGUAUGCAGAAGGCAAGUGAGGGUCUAGACUGAAGCAGGGAGGCAGCUCUGUAAUCCUAUGUCAGCUCUCUCAGGAAGCACCAGUACUUAUCUCUGGAUAUGCAUUUGUCCUUAGAAAUGCCUGUGUGUGAGUCCCAAAAGAAUUGAUUAUUAUUUUUUUUAAAUACUUUGCUGCUUCUGUUCUAGAUCUGAAUUCUCUUUUGUGCCAGAUGGCAGUGCUUGUCUGCCCAUUUGCUUCAGGGGAUGUGCAGACAGGCUGUUUCCAGAGGGUUUUCAGAUUACCUGCUUCUUUGCUGGAAUAAAUGUGUUUUGUUCCUA